AAGAAGACAGAGGGCGGUGAACACUCUUGCGAGAUCUGCGGAAAAUCCUUCAAGACCAACUUCUAUCUGAAGAUGCACCUCUCGGUGCACGAUGGGAACUCGCCGUUCAAGUGCGACAUCUGUGGUAAGAUGUGCACCUCCAAGGAUGCGCUGGAAGCGCAUCUCCGAACGCACACGGGGGAGAGGCCGUUCUCCUGCUCCCACUGUGGGAAGAGAUUCGUGCAGAGGUCAGCGCUCAAGAGCCACUCCUACAUCCACACAGGGGAGAAGAAGUAUCCCUGCGAUGUGUGCGGGAAGAAGUUUGUGGAAUCUUCGCAGCUCAAGGUCCACAUGAGGACGCAUACAGGAGAGAAGCCCUUCUCUUGCAACAUCUGCCAGCACAGCUUCACCACCCUGGCGAACAUGCGCUGCCACCAGCUGGAGAAUCGGUUCGAGCGGAGGGUGCCCCCGUGCAAGGUCUGCGGCAAGCUGUUCAAGCAUCACUCGAACCUGAGGAGACACGAGCGCUACCAUGCAGGAGAGCGAAACCUCAACUGUAGCCUGUGCGGGAAGAAGUUCUACGACAAGUUCAACCUCACGAGGCACAUGCGCGUGCACACGGGCGAGAGACCAUAUGAGUGCGAGGACUGCGACGCGACUUUCACAGACGAGACCAGCAAGAAGCGGCAC